AACCAGACGCACCUGCGCGCCGCGGGUGUUGGACUACCUGAAGGGACCCGCGCAGAGCUCCAAUGGCGUCGUCGAGGCUGCUCGUGGUCGUGGUCGUGCUGGCCGCCAUUGGCGCGACCACCUGCUAUCCGCAGAGUCGGAAGAUACACUUGCCAAGGAUGAAAAGGACGCAAGCGAACAUCAACGACUACUUCGACGAGAUCACCCCGCAGAUCAAGAACUUCUUCAUCACGGCGGGACUCGACCCUCUGCAGUUGCCAGACCUCGUCCAGAACUUCAGCGUGACGGACCUGCUGGGUAUCGAAUGGACUGGAGAACUGGGGCUCAAGACUGGCUGGCUGACUGACCUGUCGCUCUUCCAGAGGAGUGGAGAUGCUUACGUCAGCUACGACGACCUGGAGCUCAACAUCAGCAUCAGCCUGGCGUUCCCAGACGUGGCGAUAUCGUACGACUACGUGGCGCAGAUCAUGGGCAUCGGUCCAGAGGGCGCGGUGCACGGCAAGGUGGAGAACCUGAUCGUGCACAUCGAUGCGGGCGCCAAGCUGUCCGACCUCAAGCUGGCGCUCUACGACUUCCAGUACCUCGAUUACGGGAAAGUAACUUUCCAACUCGAGGGCAACAUCCUGGACUUCAUCGGGAAUGCGAUCCUGGAUGUGGUGACGACGCUAUUCCGCGGGCCCAUCAUGGAAUUCGUGGAGACCGCCCUGCGCCAAGUCAUCACCGACCUGCUGGAGAGUAUCGACCUGAGCGAGAUCAUCGGCGGCAGUGUCAGGUGUGGGCUCUGAAUCCUCCACAUCUGAGGAUGCGAUUGCCCGAGUGGGUAAUCCUGUCUGUACGUACCUAUCACGAUACAGGUGCACAACUUGUCAGCUCUGAUGGUGCAAAUAAACUGAUCUUUAUAACGAUUA